CUCUUUACUGAUUGGUUCCCCCCGAAUUUUGAAUUGUUUCAACGUCUUUGAAGGACUGCAGUUUAAUCGAGUUAAAGGUGCCUAUAAAAACUAAUAAAAGCUCCAGAAAAUCAAAUGAAAUAGAUAAAGUGAGGGAGCCCCGCAAUUAGGACGUCAUGUACAUCAAGUCGCUAGUACUUGAUGGUUUCAAAUCAUAUGGAAAGAGAAUCGAAGUGAAUGGCUUCGAUAACGAGUUCAACGCCAUUACCGGAUUGAAUGGCAGUGGAAAAUCUAAUAUUCUUGAUGCAAUAUGUUUCGUCCUGGGAAUAACGACUCUUGGAUCGGUGCGUGCGACGUCCCUUCAAGAGCUCGUCUACAAAUCUGGCCAGGCUGGAGUAAAAAAGGCAACCGUGACAGUGACUUUUGACAACCGUGACAGAGGUGCCUCGCCUCUAGGUUACGAGCAAUAUGACGAAAUAGCAGUUACCCGCCAGGUGGUGAUAGAUGGCAAGAAUAAGUACCUGAUAAAUGGCACUCUGGUUCCUAAUAAACGAGUCCACGACCUCUUCUGCUCGGUCCAGCUAAACGUCAAUAAUCCUCACUUUCUCAUAAUGCAAGGUCGUAUCACAAAGGUACUAAACAUGAAGCCUCUGGAGAUUCUCUCCAUGAUUGAGGAGGCAGCUGGUACUCGAAUGUACGAGGAAAAAAAAGAGGCCGCCAUGAAGACAAUCGACAAGAAGAAUGAGAAGCUGAGGCAGAUAAACGAAAUCCUCCAAGAGGAAAUUGGCCCCAAACUUCGAAAGCUCAAAGCAGAACGCGAGCUAUUUGCCGAGUACCAGAGAGUUGAGAGAGAGUUGGAUCACUGUCGCAAGGUCGUCAUCGCCUGGAGGUACAUUUCCACUGAGAAAAGCUCCAAAGAAGCUGAAAGGGGUGUCGAAGAGGUGCAAACUAAAAUGGAAACGAUAAAAACGACGAUAGCAAAUGGUAGAGCAGAGAUCGAGGAGAUUGACGUAACAAUCCAGGAGGUCACGGCGAAGAAUGAAUCGGAGAAGGGAGAGCACCUCGAAAUUUUGGAGCGACAACUCAAGGACUUGGAAAAAAAGGAGAGCCAGCUGGCCGCAGAGGCCAACAGUAAUCAGGAGAGCAUCAAGGCAGAGAGGAAAAUAAUAAUACAACUUGAAAAAAAUCUAAAUGAGGACAGUAAAGCUUUAGAGGAGAAGAACCAGGAACUCCAGCAAGUUGGAGGACUAUUUCAGCGGCUUCGAGAGCAGGACGAAACGGAUCAUGCAGCUGUGACAGCCGCCCAGCAGAGACUCCAGAAAAUCACAGCUGGACUUCUGGAGAGUGACGAUGGGGAGAAUGCCACAUUGGAACAGCAGCUGAUAAAUGCUAAGCAAAAUGCCAUCGCAGCGCAGACGGAAAUCAAGCAGUGUCAGAUGACUCUGGUUCAUUCUAAAGAACAAUUGAGUAUUAAGGAGAAUGAAGUGAAAAAUAAAGACGUCGAUUACCAGAGGGACAGCACAGAACUGGCAAACAGGGAGAACCAGCUGAAGGCAAUCGAGAAGGAGAUGUCGAGGAUAAAUUAUGACGAGGCGACUUGUCAAGAAAAAAAAGAGACGAAACGAAGACUCGAGGGGGAGAUUGCACAACUUCAGGGGAAUAUCGAUGAAAUUGAGAGUAGAUAUCCCAACUUGACGUUCCAAUAUACCCCACCGAGCCAGAACUUCAAUAAGAAUUCGGUUAAAGGCCCUGUCUGCACUCUUAUGAGCCUGAGGGCGAAGGAAGCUGCUUAUGCCCUGGAAGUGGCUGCUGGUGGCCGUCUCUACAAUAUCGUUGUGGAUAAUGAGACAACGUCAAAGGCACUUUUGCAAUAUGGCCAGCUGCGACAACGGGCAACAAUAAUUCCUCUGAAUAAAAUCACGGGGAGAGCAAUUGAUGACAAAGUUAUUAAAUACGCUGAGAGCUUAGUGGGGAAGGAGAACGUCAAGCCUGCGUUGACUCUCAUUGAUUUCCCCGAGAUGGCUAGACCUGCCAUGACGUGGGUUUAUGGUCAGACCCUCAUCUGCAAGGACAUGCACAUCGCUCGGAAAGUAGCCUUCAAUGAUAAAAUAAAUAAGAAGUGUGUGACUCUCGAGGGAGACGUUGUCGAUCCUGCUGGGACCUUGACUGGAGGUGCACAGGCCAGGGGUGGAUCUGUACUUGAACAGAUUGAUAAAUUGAAAAAUUAUCAACACCAGCUGGAGCAGAAAAAGGUGGAGUACGAAGGGGUUAAACGAGAGCUCAGUCUGUUGAUGCAAGUUGAAGAGAAGUAUAGAAAUGUUAAGCAGCAGUUUGAUAUCAAGAGUCAUGAGGUCAAUAUGAUCAAGCAAAGAUUACACCAGACGACUCAUCAUCAGGUACAGGAGGAGAUUAAUUCUCUGCGUCAGAAGAUCCAGGAGCUCAAUGAGAAGAUGGAGAAUGCUAAGAAGAUGGAGAAAGACAACUCCAAGAGGGCCACUGACCUCGAGGGACAGCUAAAGGAUUCAGCGAAUAUCCGGGAUAAGCAGCUGAAGAAUGCAGAAAAUCAGUUGAAGGUUCUCCAGAAGAAGGCGGAUAACUCGAGAAAAGAGUGGGAGAAGCAUGAACAGAGCUCUGAGACUUUGAAUUUGGAGAUUAAGGAGCUGGAUAAGGCUAUUGAGAAUGGAAGAGAACAGCUGGUGAAGGCUGAGCAGAAGCUUCUUGAGUUGGAGAAGAAAUCUUUAAAUUAUUCAGAGUUAUUGAAGGAAUCUCAGGGGACUGUUUCCGAGAUCCAGAACAAGGUCAAAGCGCAGAAGGCGAUAAUCCAUCAGCAGAACAAAGAGAUCCAAAAGCUCCACUCAAAGAAGGAAGAUAUUAUUAAAACAAAUAGCGAUCUCGAGUUGGAGAUAAAGAAACUCGAUCACGAAAUCAAUGCGAUUCAGAUUAAUGCUGUACAGUGCAAGACUAAAGUGAAGGAUCUUUUAAGGGAAUAUCCCUGGAUCAGUACUGACAAAGUAUAUUUUGGAAAGUCGGGAACGAUGUAUGAUUUCAGUGUGAAUGAACCCGACUCGAUGACACAAAAAAUGUUACAGUUGGAGAGGAGAAGAAGUGAGUUGAGUAGAAAUGUUAAUAGCAGGGCAAUGAGUCUUCUGAGUAAAGAGGAGGAGCGAUUCGAGGAGACGUCCAAGAGAAAAAGAAUCGUCGAGACUGACAAGAAGAAAAUCCUGGAGACUGUCAAGCACCUGGAGGACAAGAAGAAAGAGACACUGGAAAAAGCUUGGGAGCAGGUGAACAAGGACUUUGGCUCCAUAUUCAGUAGUUUGUUGCCUGGAGCGAUGGCUAAACUACAGAAACUAGAGAGUGGCAAUGUCCUGGAUGGGCUGGAAGUCAAGGUUGGCUUCACCAAUAUCUGGAAAGAGUCUCUGGGUGAAUUAUCAGGGGGGCAGAGGUCUCUUGUGGCACUUUCUCUGAUUCUGGCAAUGCUGUUAUUUAAACCUGCCCCUCUUUAUAUUCUGGAUGAGGUCGACGCUGCUUUAGAUCUAUCCCACACCCAGAAUAUUGGAACAAUGCUCAAGAAACACUUCAAGCAUUCCCAAUUUAUCAUUGUAUCCUUGAAGGAUGGUAUGUUUAAUAAUGCUAAUGUUCUUUUUACUACGAGAUUUGUCGAUGGAAUGUCUAUGAUUAGUAGAGCAGAAAAGAAGAAGCAACAAGGGGGAGCCCAUUAGGGUGUGUGUGUCCGUGUGGAGGGG